GUGUCAGCGGUGAUGGCGGCAGGGUCGGGAGGGAGUGGGGGCUCUGGGGGAGGCCCCGGCCCGGGGCCGGGUGGGGGUGGGGGUCCCGGCGGAGGAGGCCCAGGAUCGGGGUCCAGCGGGAGUCUCGGCAGUGGCGGGGAGCUGCACCCGCGCACUGGGCGCUUGGUGAGCCUGUCGGCCUGUGGGCGUACAGCGCGGCGGCAGCAGCCAGGCCAGGAGUUUAACCACGGGCUGGUGUUGAGCCGGGAACCCUUGCGCGAUGGACGCGUCUUCACCGUUCGCAUCGACCGCAAGGUCAACUCCUGGAGUGGUUCCAUUGAGAUUGGGGUGACGGCCCUGGACCCUGGUGUGCUGGACUUCCCAAGCAGUGCCACGGGGCUGAAGGGGGGCUCGUGGGUAGUGUCCGGCUGCUCGGUGCUGAGAGAUGGACGCUCUGUGCUGGAGGAAUAUGGUCAGGACUUGGACCAGCUUGGCGAAGGGGACCGUGUGGGUGUGGAGCGCACAGUUGCUGGGGAGCUACGGCUCUGGGUGAAUGGACGGGAUUGUGGUGUGGCUGCCACAGGUCUGCCCGCUCGUGUUUGGGCCGUUGUGGACCUGUAUGGCAAGUGUACCCAGAUCACUGUGCUACCCCCAGAGCCGGGCUUCAGCUCCCCUAUUUCCAUCCCUACACCUCCCCUUGAGCCCUCAGCUCCCCCUGAAGAUUCUGGCUUGGCUGAACAGGGAACCUCUGGGGAUGAAGCCUUCAUGGUGUCCCCAGCGCAGGCCCGGCCGGAGAUGUUUCCUAACAGCCUUGAGUCGCAUAAUGACUUUGCCAACAUGGAGCUAUCUGAGGUGGUGAGCAACGCCAUCCUGUCUGCCUACAAUGGGGGGCUCCUGAAUGUGAACCUGAGCUCCCCACCAUCAGGAGAUGGCCUGGCAUCUAGUGGUGCUGCCACCUCACCCAUCCUCACUUCCAAUGAUGCCCUGCUCUUUCAUGAGAAAUGUGGGACGCUCAUCAAACUAAGCAACAAUAAUAAGACUGCUGAGCGCCGGCGGCCCUUGGAUGAAUUCAACAAUGGAGUUGUCAUGACCAACCGCCCACUUCAGGAUAAUGAGAUGUUUGAGAUCCGUAUCGACAAGCUUGUAGAUAAGUGGUCAGGCUCCAUUGAGAUUGGUGUCACCACCCAUAACCCAAACAGUUUGGAGUACCCAGCAACCAUGACCAACCUCCAGUCAGGCACCAUCAUGAUGAGCGGCUGUGGGAUCUUGACCAAUGGCAAGGGUACCCGUCGGGAGUACUGUGAAUUCAGUCUGGAUGAGCUGCAGGAGGGUGACCACAUCGGCCUCACGAGAAAGUCCAACUCUGCCCUGCACUUCUUCAUUAAUGGCAUUGAUCAGGGAGUGGCUACCCCUCUGACCCCCCCAGUGGUAUAUGGUGUGGUGGAUUUGUAUGGGAUGGCAGUGAAGGUGACCAUCGUCCACAAUAACAACCACAGCGACCGUCUCCGCCGGAACAAUGCCAUCCUGCGAGCGCUGUCCCCUGAGGGUGCUCUCCGCCGUGCUGUUCCUGCUACACAGGCAGAACCUGAACGCCUGCUCUUCCACCCUAACUGUGGGCAGAAGGCAGCUAUCACCCAUGAAGGACGCACUGCCCUGAGGCCCCAGUAUGGCCCAUGGGGUGGGGAGAAGCCUACAGAAGGGGUUCUAAUGGGAUUACGGGGGAGGGCAAGGAAACAGGAGGCAAAGGGUCUGUGGGCUGGGGCAUCCUGGACAGAAAAGCUGGGCACUUCCUGGGAUUUGAGAGGAGUCCUGCCUUUCCCCUCACAUCCUCUGCCACUCCUUCCCCCCCUAGGGACCUGGAUGAUGACAGGGAAUGGGGUGAUGCACAACGGGACAACCAUCCUAGAUGAAUAUGGGCACAACUUGGACCGCCUCAAGGCAGGGGACACGGUAGGUGUGGUGCGACGGGAGGACGGAACUCUCCAUUUCUUUGUCAAUGGAAUGACUCAGGGCCCUGCUGCCUGGAAUGUGCCCCCGGGUGUCUAUGCUGUUGUGGAUCUCUACGGCCAGGCGGCCCAGGCCACCAUUGUGGACGACGUGGAGGUACCUCCAAUUCCUGAACCACUCCCAGAAGGGAAUAACCAAGUGUCUCCAAGCUCCCCUUCCUCAGGGGCUGGGGGCUCAGACCUGCGCUUCCACCAGCUUCACGGCAGUAAUGCAGUCAUCACUAAUGGGGGCCGCACCGCACUUCGCCACAACUGCCGUAGCGAGUUCAAUGACGCCAUUGUCAUCUCUAACCGGGCCCUGCGGGAUGGAGAACUAUUCGAAAUUGUCAUUCAAAAGAUGGUGGACCGUUGGUCAGGCUCCAUUGAGGCUGGAGUGACUGCUAUUCGGCCUGAAGACCUGGAAUUCCCCAACACUAUGACAGACAUUGACUAUGAUACAUGGAUGCUGAGUGGCACAGCCAUCAUGCAAGAUGGUAACACGAUGCGCAACAACUAUGGGUGUGACCUGGAUGCACUGGGCACAGGUGCACGCAUUGGCAUGAUGCGAACUGCCAAGGGCGAUCUGCACUACUUCAUUAAUGGCCAGGACCAAGGCGCUGCUUGCUCAGGCUUGCCUCCGGGUAAAGAGGUGUAUGCAGUAGUCGAUCUCUACGGCCAGUGUGUCCAAGUGUCCAUCACCAGUGCCACUGGCCCCAUGGACAACAGCCUGGCGACAAGCAACACUGCCACUGAGAAGUCAUUUCCCCUGCACUCCCCAGUGACUGGCGUGGCUCACCGAUUCCAUAAUACUUGUGGCAGAAAUGUCACCCUGGAGGAAGAUGGCACAAGGGCAGUACGUGCAGCUGGCUAUGCUCAUGGCCUUGUCUUCAGCACCAAGGAGCUCAAAGCUGAGGAAGUCUUUGAGGUGAAAGUGGAAGAGCUGGAUGAGAAGUGGGCAGGCUCCCUCCGGCUGGGGCUGACUACACUUGCACCAGGAGAGAUGGGGCCUGGAGCAGGCGGUGGCCCAGGGCUGCCUCCCUCCCUGCCAGAGCUCCGAACUAAGACCACUUGGAUGGUGUCCAGCUGUGAAGUGAGGCGUGAUGGGCAGCUCCAGAGGAUGAACUAUGGCCGGAACCUAGAGCGGCUUGGGGUGGGGAGCCGUGUGGGUGUUCGUCAUGGGGCAGAUGACACGAUGCACAUCUUGGUAGAUGGAGAAGAUAUGGGGCCUGCGGCCACUGGCAUUGCCAAGAAUGUGUGGGCUGUGUUGGAUCUCUACGGGCCAGUACGCAGUGUGUCUAUUGUCAGUUCCACAAGGCUGGAAGAGCCUGAAGGCACCCAUCCUCCUUCCCCCAGCUCAGACACCGGCAGUGAGGGCGAAGAGGAGGACAAGGGCGAGGAGCGUGGCCUGGGAGGCCAGAAUCAAGUGGGCAUUAUGCCUACAGCCCUCGAGUUUUUGGAGAACCAUGGGAAGAAUAUUCUCUUGUCCAAUGGGAACUGCACAGCCACACGGGUGGCCAGCUAUAAUCAAGGCAUUGUUGUCAUCAGCCAGCCCCUGGUGCCCCAGCUGCUGGUCCAGGUGCGAAUAGACUUCCUGAACAGACAGUGGACAUCUUCCCUUGUCUUGGGAGUCAUCACCUGCCCACCUGAGAGGCUUAACUUCCCAGCCUCUGCCUGUGCCCUCAAACGGGCAGCCUGGCUACUGCGAGGCCAUGGAGUCUUCCACAAUGGUCUUAAGAUCUGUGAGAAGUUUGGGCCAAAUCUGGACACAUGUCCUGAAGGCACCAUCCUGGGACUGCGGCUGGACAGCUCUGGAGGGCUGCAUCUCCAUGUCAAUGGGGUGGACCAGGGGGUGGCUGUUCCAGAUGUGCCCCAGCCCUGCCAUGCACUUGUGGAUCUCUAUGGGCAGUGUGAGCAGGUGACAAUUGUGAGCCCUGAACCAGGGGCUGCCAAUGGGAAGAGUACUGGAACCCAAGGGGACAUGGAAAAAGCAGACAUGGUGGACGGUAUCAAGGAGAGUGUGUGCUGGGGUCCACCGCCUGCUGCUAGCCCUCUAAAUAGCUGCGAGUACCAUGCCCUUUGCUCCCGCUUCCAAGAACUGCUGCUGCUUCCUGAGGAUUAUUUCAUGCCUCCACCGAAACGUAGCCUGUGCUACUGUGAGUCUUGCCGGAAGCUUCGAGGAGAUGAAGCCCAUAGGCGCCGAGGAGAACCUCCCCGGGAAUAUGCCCUGCCCUUUGGCUGGUGCAGGUUUAACCUCAGGGUGAAUCCCCGCCUGGAGGCAGGGACGCUAACCAAGAAGUGGCACAUGGCAUAUCAUGGGAGCAGUGUGGCAGCUGUACGGAGAGUGCUAGACCGAGGGGAGCUGGGAGCAGGCACUGCCUCCAUCCUAAGCUGCCGGCCGUUGAAAGGAGAGCCUGGGAUAGGGUUUGAGGAGCCUGGUGAGAACUGUGCACCUCCUCGGGAGGAGCAACCCCCGCCUGUGCUGCUCUCCCCCUCCCUUCAAUAUGCUGGGGCUGAGACCCUGGCCUCCAAAGUGCAAUUCCGGGACCCCAAAUACCAGCGGACACACCAGGCUCAGGUGGCAUUCCAGGUGUGCGUGCGCCCUGGCUCCUACACUCCUGGCCCCCCUUCUGCCGUACUUGGAGAACCUCCUGACCCUCACUUCAGCCCAGCUGAACUUGAAUGGGUCACUAAGGAGAAGGGAGCCACACUCCUUUAUGCCCUGCUGGUACGGGUGGAAUGAAGAGUGAGACACCACCACUACAAGCACAGUUGGGCUUUGGGCCCACGGACUCUGAGUAACGACUGCCUCCAGUUCAUUCCAGUGACUCAUGGCAUGCACAGGUGCUGUCUUUGGCAGAUGCGCAGGAGCACGUAGGCCGGCUCAGAUUUAGAUGGCAAGUGGCACAUCUCCAUGUGCCAGGGCCCAGAACACUCACUCUGAUGGGAGAGAACUAGGGGAAGCCAGCUCUGGGCCCUAGGUAACCCUCUUCAUGCACUGAUUUGGGAAACAUGACUCCCUAUUACUCCCUUUUCCCUUAUCACUUAAUUUAUUUCCGUUUUUGUUUUUGGUUACUGUGAAUCCCAGAGGAGUCUCCCUGUGCCCACAUAAAGCUGCUUUUCCCCAGGGGCCUGGGGCGGGAGCGGGGAAGGGCGGGCGCAAAGACCAAGGGGCCCUCUGUACAGUUGUUACUGACUCUGAUUUCUAAGGAGCCAAUAAAUGCCGUCUCAGAACCU